AUGGAGCGUAGAGAUAUUCCUCAUUUACCGCCAGUGCCACCGGAAGUGUAUGGUGAAGGGUAUCCAUACGCACCGGAAAACUGGCCGGAGAGGGGAGAUAUUUGGAGAUGGAGAACUGGACGGAGAAUUGUCCGGAACGGUAUGUACUUUCAGGAUCGAUAUCUGUAUCUGCCGGAUCGACUACUCCGCGCGUGGAAGGAGGAGAAGAACGCCUCAGAGUCAGCACCGUGCUCGAGCAAGACUCGCAAGAAAUACAUCUUUGCGAGCAAGGUUGCUGUUAAAAACUACAUCAGAACAUUUUUUCCUGCCACGGAUCCUGAAGCCGUUUUCUCCACUUUCUACUGGAAAAUUCCGGCUUUACCACCUGCAUCAGUCAAUGAAGUGGCUAUACCUGCUAUACCUCUUGGUCAGAUACCACAUGAAGCAUUGCCAUUACCUACUGCUAUACCUCUUGGUCAGAUACCACAUGAAUCAUUGCCAUUACCUACUGCUAUACCUCUCCUUCAGAUAGCACAAGAACCAUACAACUUCAACGGUGAAAACGAGGUUGCAAAUGAGCUGCUAGCUCGAAUUGAUACGGCCCUCUACUGUGGAACAAAUGUUGAAGACAGCUGGAAGGAGGAUAUGGCUCAUUCUGCUGCUGAUCAUUACAAUGACAACGAUAAGAAGGAAAAGACAAUCAACGGUGGUGACAAUACUGAAGUUUAUCAUCCUCUUCCUCCAUUGUUAAAUGUUGAAGCAGAAGUGAAUCGAGUUAUUGAGAAUUUUGAUUCGCGUGGACACGAAUGCAGAGUGAUUGUGGAAAGGCUUGAAUCACAAAAAAGAUAUCUUAAAAAUUUAUAUCAACAAUUGGAUCAUGAAAAAAAUGUUUUAGGUGAUGAAAGUUCAUCCGCUCCCUCAAAAGUCUCAAGGAUCUCAAAAAUAGAGAUACAGAUAAAAAGGGAGAGAAUCAGCGAUUUGAAAGAGACAGCACUGCACAGCACCGCGCGUCUUCACCAAGAAAUGAAGAAACCAAUCGCCGAUAUUUUAUUUUUCAGACGCCUCUUACAUCCUUUGGCCAAAUGUUGUCUCUUAUCUGAUUUCCUCUUAACAGCACCACCUGUGCUGUGCUGCUAG